ACUUCUCACAGUGACGGUCGCUCACAAAUUUAGAGGAAAGUAAUUUCAGUGAGUCAGUCAGCACCAGCAAACCUGUGCAUCAGUGGAUUUUACUCCGCUACAACUUUACGACACUCAACAAGUUGUGCAGCACCAAAACGGAAUAUGUGUUUAAUAGGAGAGGUCAGAGGCCCCUGCUUGGCCCAUUCUUGCGGUGUAACGGGAGUUGUUACUGAGGGUGACAUCUCAAGAAUGGACCUUGUCCAGCCUGACAGCUACUUAGCUCAGACACAAGAUUUCACACAACUGGUUGAAUCACUUAAUAUCACUAUGGAGCAAAAUCUGUCUGACGCUAUGCUGCCUGCUCUUAAACAACUUGAAGAGGCCAUUGCCAUGGAAGACACAUUUGUUACCAACCUGGAACUCCCCAGUUCAGGAAAUGACAAAAAUCUCAUCACUGAUGGUAUUCGUGAUGGAUCUGCUCAUGUCCUGCGCUGCCUCAAGGUUUGGUACGAUUUGCCUUCUGAUGUUCUCUUUGUUGCCAUCAACUAUAUGGAUAGAUUCUUAUCAAAAAUGAAGGUUCAAGCCAGACAUAUGGCAUGUGUGUCUGUAAGCAGCUUUUCCCUUGCCGUCCAGCAAGUUGCACUUCAUGGAGGUUGCCCAGAGACAGACCUGAAAGACUUGGCCCUCAUUUCUCAAUCAAAAUGCACCUCAGGAGAUCUGCAACGAAUGGAGAGCAUCAUUGCACUAAAGCUUGAUGUCAACAGGGUGUCAGCAUGUGGCUUACCUACAACUCCUCUCAGUUUCUUGCGACUUUAUCACUCACUCUUUAUUUCUUCUGAACUUGGAGUACUCUUCCAAAAGACCCUUUCUGCAGGGGCACAGGGCCCUGAUAUUUGGCAAAGACUGGAAAUUGUUGUGUGUGAUUCCAAGUGCUCAACAUUCAGGCCAAGUGUCAUUGCUCUUGUUCUUCUCUGCUCGCAACUGCAAGCCGGAGUUGAGGCCAUUGGUUCUCAGGAUGAUCCUGCUCUUUGUGCUCAGCUAGUGCAGCUCAUUUCGUUUGCUGUCUGUCUUCAAAAGAUAUCGCAGAUAUCAGCAGCAUCUUUCUCUAUAUGCUUGGAAGCUGUAAAUGAUGUGAUGACUAAGUACAAUGCUCAGUCUCAGAUGCCACAUCGACAACGUCUUGUGUGGAAGUUGUCCCAUCGUACAAGACGCCUACUUCGUCCAAUUGACCGCCUUGCCGCUCAGUUGCCCACUAUCGAAGAGCACAAGCAAUUUGCUGUCUCAGAAUCUCGACAAAGGUCAGGCAGUGUGAGCUCAGAAGAAAGCUCAGAAUCAGAAAAGGAGGAAUCCUGUAAUCAAAAGGAAGGUGCACACAUGCUGCAGGAUGGCGUUGAAGACAUGCGUUGGUUUAAAAUUAAGUCUUAUCAAUGAAAGCUGUCAAGGCUCUGACCUGCAUUUUAUUUUUAUUGGAAGUGGGCCUCUGUGUUCUUUUCCUCUUGUCAGCUUUUCAUCCGUGGAUUGCCUCUUUACUACCUGUAACAGUCAUAUCAACCUUUCUUUGUUUUUAAUUUUAUUAUUUAACUGCUGACAGCUGAUUAUUUAUUCUAAUGACUGCACAAAAUACUGUACAUGCAUUGGGCAGUUUUUUUUUUGUUAGGUUGAAAAAAUACUGCUCUUCAUAUCUACAAUCUUUAUGCUGAAAGACUUGAUAAAUUUGCAUUUUAUCAGGACACUCUUCCUAUCAAGAGCAUUUAUUGUGUUAACCAUUGAAAGAAUUUAGUGAAGAGGUCUUCAUAAAAUGCUUCUAUAACUUUCCUGGUGGAGCUGUGCUUCAACAGGACAAUAUUAGCUAGGUAAGCUUAUUUAUGUUGCACUGUCAGUCAAUUACUGUAUAGAGAACAAUGAACUGAAAUCUUAAUUACUUAUUGACCAUCUGUGGGCUGUGGAGGAAUAUACCUUUAAAAUGUUGAGAUGUGGACCAGUCCAUGCUGCUUAAUCUUUCCACAGUUAAAGCUUCUUUAUAGUAGGUUACCACAGCAUAAAAAUCAAAUAAAAAUUAUAAAUGUUAAAAUAUAUGAGUAUUAAAAAAAAUAAUUAGAUUUAAGUUAAGUAUAAGAUAUGCAUUUUGUGAUCAUUUCUAGGACUGCUCUUUACUCUAAUUGAGGAGAGCUCAUUACAGCUCUAAUUGUAUGCAUGUAGAUCCUCAUUGUAUAAUUUCACUAAGCAAGUUCUUGUGCUGUCAUGACUUCAGAGGGUUUACUUGCAUACUAUAGACUGUACAGAAAGUGUUCUUUUGAAAUUAUGCAGCCAGUGUACCGCUAGUCAUCUUGUGUUAAGUUACCCUCAUUUUUCAUUGCCCACCAAUGUUAGUCAAGUUUAUAUAUGGCCAGAUGGGUCACCUAAUAGGCUUCUUUGCCGUGAAUGAUUUCUGUGUAAUCUUAGCCUUAUUGUGACCAGUUUUACAGAGAUCUGACAUUCUGGCUGUUGUGAUGAAUGGGGACAUUUGAAAGUUCCUGAAGCCUUAGUAUGACUUAAGUGCAGGGUGUGACUUGACUUUACUUUUGAAAUCUUGUAUACUUGGAGGACCACUUCGAGCUGUUUGGAAAGGUUGCAUCUGCCUUUUUUAAGUGAUAAAGUACAAAAAAAAAUAUAUAAAGCAUGUAGAAACUACAAAAAAAUUCCUUCCAAAGGUAAGAUCUCAAUAAUCUGUUUGUGUAAGUGUUGUACGUGUCUGUGACAGAAGUGUGAGUGUGAUGGUGCAAAACGUACUUUCAUUUCUAUGUCUUUGAGAGGUCUUGAUUAUAUUGAAUGUUGCAAGUAAUACUUCUUAUACAGAAAAGGACAUUAUCUGGAAAGUUAUUGCUUAUGUUUUGUUAGACUGUUAAGAAAUUUUUAUUUGUUAACUUAAUAUAUGGUCAUUCUUUUUAUUUCAGUUUUUUUCCAAUUUUGUAAAAAUCUUCUGUUUUAGGAAGGAGUUUAAAACAUCCUCUUUCUGUUUCGAAGUAUUACAAGUUAUUUUGCUGGAUGAGCUUCUGUUACUUGGCUCAAGUUAUGAUGGUGUGAGGUUUUUCUCUCUCCUGUAUUAUAUAUAUUUAGUUUUAUUUAUUGACAUCUAAUUCACUCUUCACAUGUUUGUCUAAAUAUCAUCUCAUGUCAUUUGAGAAAUUGUGAGUGCCAAUAUUCUUUUUCACCCUCUAUACAUAUGAGACCAUGGAAUUCACCAAUGUAAAUUGUAUCUUAAACUGCUGACUGAUGUGGUGACAAGAAACAAAAAAAUAAAUUUAACGUGACAUGGCAUUUGCUAUGUUUCCUUCCAUCAAA